AUGGACAGUGAAAGCCAGGCUGAUGAGGUCUUAGAUGGAAAUGAGGAAGUUAUUGGGAACUGGAGGAAAGACCACCCUUGUUAUGCCUUAUCAAAGAGCUUGGCUGCAUUAUGUCCAGGUCCUAAGGAACCGUGGAAGGUUGAACUUAAGAGCUCACCUUCUGGCUACAUCAGCAAAGCGGGGGCAGACUGGGCAGUUCCAGUCCUGAUCAUUGACAUUCUGCGUUCCCGCACACGCGCGCCUCCCCACGUACGCACCUCUCUACACCCCUUCAUACACACGCAUGCCUUCUCAAUACACGUACCAGCCCACUUGCACGCACUUGCACGCGCUUGCACCCUCCACACGCACCGCUCGGAGCUUUUCCCCCUCUCUCCUCCCAAUGGCUGGCUUCUGGAGCCGACCCUUCCACGCGCCCCCAGCUUCGCGGCAGCUAGGUCCCUCCCCAGCGCGCUGAGCUCACAGCCCAGGAGCCGGUCGCAGCCACACAGGCCCGUCCGACGGGACCACUGCUUCCCUCCUCACAUCCCAGGAGACACCAGGUGGGGCGUGGCACCUCCCACACACGGCUGGAGGGACUCCCAGGAUUUCCCGUCCUUCCGAAUUCGUGGGGGGUCAGGGGACUGCGGGGAGGCGUUUCUCAUCCUCGCUGGGGAAAGGACUCACCUGGUUCCCAAAGCCAGUUUGCUCUUCCUCUACUUCCUGCCAGAGGUCGUAGGAUUUCUGAUGAUCUGCCCUGAUGUCCCAACAUUCUUGGGGAGCCUGGCCUUAAAGAACAAUGGAAAGAAGCAGUCAUAGGAAUCCUGGACCAGGAAUAUGUGCCUGAGAGGGAUUAUACACCUGGUGCUGACGGAGUCUUGCUCUGUUGUCCAGGCUGGAGUGCAGUGGCGUGAUCUCAGCUCAAUUCAACCUCCACCUCCCAAGUUCAAGUGAUUCUCCAGCCUCAGCCCCCAACCCCCCACAACCCCGCCGAGUAGCUGGGACUAUAGGCAUGCGCCACCAUUCCCGGCUAAUUUUUGUAUUUUUAGUAGAGAUGGGUUUCAUCAUGUUGGCCAGGCUGGUCUCGAACACCUGACCUCAAGCGAUCCAUCCACCUUCGGCCUCCUAAAGUGCUAGGAUUACAGGUGUAAGCCACCAAGUAACUGUUUGGAACAUGGAAGAAAAAGGUGGGAGAUAUAACCUAUGUUUUUCAUCUGGUAUUUUAUGUACAUAGCUAUAAAAUUUUUUGUGAAAUGAGGCAGAAACCUCCUUUCUAUCUCGUCAGAACCAUGUAAUUAGAUCUUAAAAAGACUGAAGAAAUAAUCGAUUCCUACUCCAUCACUUAAGAGACAGAAAUAUGGGGCCUAGAGAGGGGAGAGGCUUAUCCAGCAUCACAUUGCUACUAAAUGACAGGGCAAGGCUUGAGCCAGAUCUUCUGAGUCCUAUCCAGUGUUCUUUCCAAUCUACUGCUUGUUUUGUAAAGCAUGGCACUUGCUUAUAAAUCCCUCUGAAGAAAUAAAACUCUCUAGCUCUCAUCCUUGUGUAUUUACCCUAGAAAUAUGAACAUUUAUGUCCACACAAAAACCUUACACGAAUGGUCAUAACAGCUUUGUUUCUAUUAACAAAAAACUGGAAACAACUGAAAUGCUCUUCACCGUGGGCACAUAUAAACAAAUUGUAGAAUAUUCACAUAGUAGAAUACUACUUAGUAAUAAAAAAUAAAAAACUAUUGAUGUACACAACAAAUUCAAUGGCUCUCAGGGCCAUUAUGAUGAGUGACAUAGCAAAUCACAGUAUUUUACAUACUAUAUGAUUCCAUUUACAUAACAUUCUAGAAAUGAGAAAAUUAUAGUAAUGAUGAACAUAUCAGUGGUUGCUGGGGGACAGAUGUGCCUAUAAAGAAGUAGCACAAAUGGGUUUUGGGGGGAUGAUAAAACAAUAAUGUCCUAAUUACAGUGGUGAUUACAAGAAUCUAUAAAUGUGAUAAGAGUAAUAGAACUAUCCACCCCCCCCCCCAAAAAGUUGAGUGCGUGCAAAAGCUGGUGAAAAUCAAAUGAGGUCUAUAGUUUGCUCAAUAGAAUUAUUGUACCAAUGACAGUUUCCUAGUUCUGAUAGUUGUGUGGUUAUGUAAGAUGUUAACAUUGGAGAAGGUUAGUUAAAUGUAUGUGGGAACUCUCUGUAUUAUUUUAGCAACUUUUACGUAAGAUUAAACUUAUUUUUAAAAAGAAAAAAGAAAGAAAACUCUCUAGAAGUCCCAUAAUGUUUUAGGCAGGCCUGGUCAACCAACAUUUCUGUAGUUUUCUGAAGUUCUAAUACAUCUUCAGGCCUUUGCUCAACUGGCGUUCUCUCUCUCUCUCUCUUUCACACACACACACACACACACACACUCACCCCACUCUGUAACCUAGUUUAUUUUUAUCCGUAAUACUUAUAAUCCCUAAUAAAAAUAUGUUUGUUUAUUGUGUGUCUCCUCCCAUUAGAAUGUAAGCUCCUUAAGUUUAAGCACUUUUUGUUCACUGUAUCCCUAACACCUAGAAUAGUGCUUGUCACACAGUAAAGGCUCAGUAAAUAUUUGUUGAAUGAAUGAAUGUGUGUAGGCCUUGAAAUAAAGGUAUUAUG